CUCAAAAAGUGAAGUCAACAAGGUAACCAACGUCCGAACGAAAAUUGACCUCUUUUCCGAGCAUAUUUGCGACAAAUAGAUACCAGAUAUGUACCAGCGCGACAUCUGUCCUGGGCGGUAGACGGCGUUUUUGCGGAUGCGCCUCCAUCCCCCUUGUCCCGCCGUACUGAGAACGCGUUAGCAAUACUCACCAACAAAGCCUGCGCACUACGAGAUGGCACCGGCGAGCACGCCGCGUCGAAGUGCCGCUCGUAGACCCGGGCGACCUCCAUCGCAGAAGCGAUCGAACGCUGUCACGGGCUCUGAGCGCCCGGAAAAGAGAUUACGAUACAUUCCUGGUGGGCCAGGAGGAGGUGGAAGAUACGUAGAUGAAGACGGAAAUGAGACACCCGUCGGUGGUACUGGACCAGGAGGGCCUGCGUACGCAGGAGCACGUAGGCGAAGUUCUCACAGACUGCCAACAACAUCGCCACCGGUUGUGAGAGACCGACCACGCAGGGCCCCUAUACCGCGAUCUCGAUACGAAUCGACUGCUGCGGCGGCAGCAUCUGCCAUGUCGAGUGAGGGUUAUAAGCCAAGAGAGGAACGGUCUUGGGAGGAGUUCCAUCCCGAUCUAGACAUCGACGCAGCCUUACCUGUCUUUAGUGCGGAAGAAGUGGAUGGAAGUAGUAGGAGCAGUAAUCCUGUUACUCCAUCUCGUGGAUUUGCGCUCUCACUCGCAGAAACAGGCGCAGUCUCCGCGGUGGAUAGUGCCCUCCGAGCUCAACAAACUCCUGGAAUCAAUGGACUGUCUGAGUUAGAAAAUCCUUUCAGCUUUGCGACAGCUGCUGCAACACCUCUGAAGCGACGUCCAGGUCGCCCGCCGAAGAAUCAAAUGCUCAGUGGCUUAGGCUCCCCACCUGCGCCACGUAUAACGCCUUUGCCUACUUAUAAUCCCAAGGAGCGUCUCAGCUUACCCAAACCAAACUACCGUCGCAUUGACACGUUUCGGAAAUUUGAGGAGGCAAAGAAUGUGGGUGUCAACUUUGUAGACAAGUCAAUGGCCAAUGUCGGGUAUCAAGAGACAGAUCGGUUCGCUCGAGCGGCCGAAACUUAUAUAAGAGCCUCUGAUUCUCUGUUUGAAGAUGAACUUGAUGUUGCGCAAGCGCUACGAGAAGAUGGCGACGAUAGCGCUGUCAUUGGAAGAGUUGAAUACGACAUGGAUGAGCAAGAUGAGCGUUGGCUCGAGGGAAUCAAUGCAGAAAGACAGGCUGAGCAGGUUGAUGCGAUCAAGCCAGCCAUCUUUGAAAUUACCAUGACGCAGAUCGAAAUGGAAUGGCAUGCAUUGGAGAAGAGAAUCCCUAAAACAGCACCGAAAGCAGCGCAGACACAUCGGCCCAGAUCUGGAUCGGCAGCCGCCGUGAAUGGAGAAGCUGGCGGACCAGGCGAAGAACAAGACACAAAAUGUGCGAUUUGCGAUGAUGGCGACUGUGAAAACACAAAUGCGAUCGUUUUUUGCGACGGCUGUGAUCUUGCUGUGCAUCAGGAAUGCUACGGUGUGCCCUUCAUCCCUGAAGGUCAAUGGCAUUGUCGGAAGUGUCAGUUGCUUGGCAGAAACAACGUAACCUGUAUUUUCUGCCCCAAUACGGAGGGCGCGUUCAAACAAACAAACACAUUGAAAUGGGCACAUUUACUAUGCGCAAUCUGGGUGCCAGAGGUCUCAUUAGGAAACAUGACCUUCAUGGAACCAAUAAUGGAUGUGGAAAAGGUUCCGAAGCAGCGAUGGCGUCUAACUUGCUACAUCUGUCAGCAGAAAAUGGGUGCAUGCAUUCAGUGUUCAAACAAAAGCUGUUAUCAAGCAUUUCAUCCUACUUGUGCACGACGUGGUGGACUCUGUCUCAAAAUGAAGAAUGGCAAUACGCCUAUAGACCCUGUUCAUCUUAAGGGCUAUUGCCAUAAGCAUGUUUCAUCAGAAUGGCGUAGAGAGCGGCAUACAGAUACAGCCAUCAUUGAGGCCGUAGAGCAUUAUCGUAAAACGAUGAAAGGCAGAAAAUGGGCCGAUAGCCAAACAUCAGCACUUUCUCUAUCAGUUCCUACCAAUACGGGAUACUUAGACGACGAAGCAGAACAAGAGGAGAACGCGGCCACGGCUGCAACAAACAAACGCAAACGCCUCGCCCUCCAAAAGAAAAUUUGGCGACUUCCGUCUGGAGCCCCUAUUGUUCCACUGGCCGUGUACGACAAGGUUGAUGCGGCGCUGCAGCGCUUUGCCAUUCGAAAACGCAAAGAUUUUGUCGCAGAGGCGUGCAAAUACUGGUCGCUGAAACGCGAGGCUCGACGUGGUGCGUCGCUGCUCAAGAGGCUACAGCUGCAUAUGGAGACGUUUACAUCAAUGGAGUUGACGCGGCGGAACUUUGUUGCCAUGGGUGCCAUCGGAAGACCAAGGCUGUUGGAGCGCAUCAGUUUUGCUGAAGGGCGCGAAAAAGAGCUGGAACGUAUCCAGCUCCUUACUUCUAUCAUCAAGCAAAGAGAAGACCUCAAAAAUAAGGAUGUCCAGCUGCUCAGGACAAUUGUGGAUUCUUGCUAUGCACCUCUUGUGCCGCUCAUGCUACCAGCCAUCGACAAAGCCAUCAGCUUGGAUGAUAACAACCACUUUUACUUUACUGCGUCCUUGGAGGGCUUACGUUCCAAGGUUAACGAACGAGUGUAUCAUUCAGUAAUUCCGCUUGCACAUGACCUGGCCAAUCUCCUAAGGGACAAAGUUGGCGUUUUGCAAACAGGGGAUAUGAAGGUCAAACUCAGCCAAGAGCAGAAACAUAUUAAGCACCGCGCAAACAUCAUUAUCGCUAAGGUGAAGCCAAUGUUGAUGGAGGCAGCGAGAAAGGAGGCAGAGUUAGGACUAAAAGGUGACCCCGGCGCGGAAGAAGACGCGCAGCGCGUAUUUCUCAUUUUCCAGAAUGCGUUCAAAAACCAGCCAGGGUCGGCGCUGCCGUCCAUUGCGGGCGCUGAAGAACCGGACGUUGAGGUCGCUAGCCGACCAGGGUCAACGCAUGGAAUACUUGAUGGCCAUAGCGAACAAGAUGCAGAAGGUGAUAUUGACAUGCCAGACGCCUCACGCCGUGUGUCAGAUCGAGCCAACGAGAUGGAUGGUCCGAAAAGCCAUGAAGAGAUGGUACAGAUAAACGACGUCAAACUGCAACUGGAUACAGGUGAUACACAACAAGGCAUUGGCCCCGAUGAUGUGGAAGGCAUUGUCCCGGCGCUCUCCAACUCAGGAAGCACGAAUCCUUCACACGGACAUGCCGAUCCACCAACGCCACCUCGCUCAGAGAAGGACCUUCUGGAUCCACUUGCAAAUGGUGGCAUUCCGUGGUACCUCGAACUGUUCAAUCCACAUGGAACUACAAUAUAUGAUGAAGAGUGGCCUGGCAGGGACGUUCUUCGAGACUUGAGUGAGGAACUUAGUGAACUCGACGAAGAUGCUUUGAAUGACCUCGUGGAUAGCGGGCUUCGACAAGAAAACGCUGGGGUGAAAGGGAGCGAGGCUUCUCAGCCCACUUCCGCUCAGACUACAGUCAAGAAGAAGGUGACGAGCAGGAAAAGGCGACUUCGAUGACUCAUUUUACGGCGAGUUGUAGUCACUGGUGAAAUUGUCCUGCGGCAUUUUUCGGUGCUUGGUAGAAGUCACGAAGAUGUGUACCAUCCUCUGCAGUAGUAAGAAACGGGAGGCAAUCUCCGGGCGUCAGGUCAGGUAGGGUGCUUGUAUAACAUGAGAUACCUCAGCCCGUUCAAUGCUAUCUAUAGUCUUUUCUCACCAAAGUGUCG